CUCCCGUGUUGUCAAGGCUUCUCUCUUCCUUGACACGACUUGCACUUUCCACUUCGUGCGGAAAACGAUACGCCGCAGUGAGGCCCUUCUGCUAGAAGUGGCUACGGGGUCCUGCUCUCCUAUAGGUCGCCCUCUAUACCCACCACCGUCUAUAUACGGGACAGCAAGUGCAUAGUAACACUCGGUGGGAGAUCACCCUCAACAACGUCUCCCAUAAGGAAGCAUCACCAAUGAACACCUCCGACGUCUACGCCCGCCUAGACCCAUAUGCAUCCGCAACAGCUACGCUCAGGGGUGGGGACCCGUUGACCGAUGCUGCAUUACCGCGCUGGUCCGAGGAAUUCAAUGAGGAGUUGGAGUUUGAGGAGAAGGACGGGGCGAACGCUCCGCGUGAUCUUUGUGAGUUGCGGAGACAGAGGCUGAGAGGGUCCUUUUUUGGGGUGUGGACGGUAUAGCGUUAUGAGGACCCGCAACAUGCUCAUUCUGUUUUUUGUGUGUCUCGAUUGGGUAGUGUUCUUUGGAGCGGUGCAGUAUUUCGCCAGAGCCCUUGCAUCGCCUUUCGAAGUCGGGUUGAUCUUGAAGCAGGUUCAGUUCCUCCCCUCGGAUGCAUACCUCGACCGGUUCGGGGACAUCCGUGGGGCACAUCGCUACGAUUCGGGGAGCGGGACGGAUGCAGAGGCGGAGACGAAUGACGAUGACUCACAUUCGGACUCGGACAUCGACAUGGACGGCAUCAUCCCCUCCGAGGACUCACGGUCAUACGUAAACUCGGUCCUGGAUGUUCGGAAAGCCGCCGCGGCGGAUGCGUCGGGGUACCUGCUGACGACCUACGACGACGACGAGCCGACGCGGGCGCCGUACCAGCUGCCGCCGUUGGAAGGGAGCGUGUGGGAGACGAUUGGCGAGAUUGUGUGGAAGGAUGGGGAGGGGUUGCUUUCAUUAUGGAAAGGCCAAACUCCAACAUGGCUCGAGUCCAUCACCUACUCACUCCUCCGCCCCACCCUCUCAACCCACCUCACCACCCUCAUCCACUCCAUCGACCCACCCGACUUCACCGACUCCACCACUCUCCUCCUCCAUGACGCCCUCCCCCCUAUCGCCAGCACAGUCCUCACCCGCUUCCUCCUCCAACCCUUCUCCCUCAUCCGCACCCGCCUUAUCGUGCAGACCGCCCACCCCUACCACCGCAAAUACCGCGGCCCACUCCACUGCCUCUCCACUAUCAUUGCCGAGGAAGGCGCUUCCACUCUGCUGUUUGGAAAACACACCCUACCCUCGCUAUUAUCAGAAACGGUCUCCGCAACGCUGACUUGGGCCCUCGGCGUCGUGCGCGCAUCGGUGGCCGAGAUGCAGGAAGCGGGAGAGAGCACACCCUUCUCGGCCCUCGCGACGAUCGUAGGCCUCACUGCCCUAGAAUUGGCGAUAACCAUACCGCUGGAUACGAUCACGCACCGCCUGCAAUGCCAGAUCUCGACCCGGCGGCCACAGGAACGCGCGUUUGAAACCUGUGUGGAGCGGAGCCCGAUUCCGUAUACGGGGAUGCUGGAUUGUGCGGUUAGGAUUUUAACGGAGGAGGGGGGGCCGCGGUCGUCGGCCGCACACAUUAAAAAUGGGAGACGAAGACGGAAGGGGUCGAAACACCACCACGACGGAGCGCAUGCCAGACCGCGGCGGCGACGCUCAUCUGCGAAGAACAGCGACACUCAUCUCGCAACGACACCAACGACACUAACGACCCGCGUCAAGACCUGGUGGCGCUCCUGGGGCGUGCGUGGCCUGUACAGGGGGUUCCGGUUACGGCUCAUGUCGGCGGUGGUGAUGGCGGUGGCGGCGAGUUUGGAGCCGGGGUUGGAGGAGGAUGCUGUGCAGUUUUAAGUUUUGGGGAAAAACCAAGGAUUUUUAUGGUCCCCGUUCGCACGUCACCUGUCGUAGCGUAUAGACCACCAUCCUCACCAAAUCCCCACACUCAUUCACAUCAUCGAUUUUGCAUAACACCCACUCUCAGCACGCAUCAGCACAAGCACAGGUUUAGAUAGCCCCCCCCCCCCCCCCCUGCACCCCC